AUGAUUCUCAAAAUCUUUUUCUGGCUCUUUCUGAUUGGUCCCUGCAAAGUCAGCGCAGCUGCUUGCAAUGGGAAUGAUGCACUGUGCUCCAGGAAAUAUUCCAAUAUCACGCAAAUAGGAGCCCAUGACUCGGCCUUUGUUGGGGACUUGCCAACUGACAACCAAAAUCUCGAUGUUACGGGCCAAUUGAACGCCGGCAUUCGAUUUCUUACAGCCCAGACACAUUCGUUUCUCAACCAGAUCUUCUUGUGCCAUACUUCCUGCUGGGAGGAAGAUUCUGGAGUUCUCGCCGAUUAUCUUACUGCUAUCAGAACUUGGAUGGACUCUAAUCCUAAUGAGGUCGUCACAUUGCUCUUGACAAAUGGGGACGCCAUUGCGGUGAGCAUGUUUGCUGACGCAUACGACGAUGCUGGAAUCUCAAAGUAUACCUAUACGCCGCCAAAUCAGCUUGCUUUGGGCGAUUGGCCAACUCUGCAAGACUUGAUAUCCGCUAAUACUCGAUUGAUCACAUUUAUGGACUACAACUCGAACACAGGGACAGUCCCGUAUAUUUUGGAGUAA